UCUUUUCUAUUUAUUUUAGGAAAAAAUAAAAAGAACAGAAUGUAUAUUUUAUAUUGCUACAUAGCAUUUGUAAUAUUUACUUCAUUUCUUUUUGAAUAUCAUGACUGACGGAGCUGACUGAUGAUGCUUUAUCUUCAUGCUACUUCCGUAGAGGUAAUAUUGUGUGAUGAUCUUCGCCAGUGCUAAUGUGAGCUUCACCCUUGUUUGGAUGUGAUGUUCCAUGGCUUUGCAGGAGACAGAAGGUGUGAAGACUCGAGUCCAGCGCUUCUAUGUCGUCACUCUUGUCCCUGCCGUCAGCACAGAGACCUCUCGGCCACCCAAAACUGGAUACGAUGUGACAGUGAGGCGAGAGUUUCGGUGAACGUCCCGCAGUUCUCCGUGCCGCCUGAAGGGGUUGUGUCAAAGGUCAGCGCCACCACCAGCGUGGCCGCGUGUGAGACGGCGAUGGCGGCGGCGUCCUCCUCGUCACACGCGCACGAGAAGAGACAAAGCAAAGACGCAGAGCAGAGAAACAUUUACAUCACCUACUCCUCCGACUCGUCCUCUGAGAUGAUCGCGCUCGUUGAUGUCCUCUCCAAACAUGGCUUCCAACCGGCUACUGGCACGGUGGAUCAGACCUGCACAGACGUGGACGACACCGAGUGGGAGGACACCUUCCUCAAAGACCCAUCCACCCCCGUCAUUGUCGCCAUCAGUCCGAGGUACAAGGCGGACAUCGAAGGUUGCGUUGAGGACAGUCGCGGUCUGCACACCAAAUACAUUCACACCUUGAUGCAGCAUGAAUUCAUCCAAAAAGGCAGCCUGAACUUCAGAUUCAUCCCAGUUCUCUUCCUCAACACCUCGCAGAAGCACGUCCCUGGAUGGCUUCAGAACACGCGGGUUUACCGCUGGCCACAGGACACGGACGAUCUGUUGCUGCGUCUGUCGAGAGAGGAGAGGUUUGUUCCUCCUCCCGUGCCCGUGGAGCUCGCCCUCAUCAUCAGGCCUGUCCCUGCAGCACCUUAAAAAAAAUACAACCUGUCUUAUUAUUACUGUAGCCCCAAAACACAACCAAAGUGCACCAAUACAAGGUCGAAGAUGAUCAAAUGAACAGCGGUAUACAAUAUUUCCUCCAACUGUGACCUCCACUCGCAUAGACACCAUACAUUAUAAACACAGUAAAUGCCUCACCCAAAAUAACACUUUCAGGGAUCUUAUGGGUCAGGCAGCGCGUCAAAACAUUCCAAUAUGUAAUAUACAGGUACAACAUGUCUGACUUAUUUUGACUGUUUUUAGUUCAGUCUUCCUCCUUUAGUCUUCAUCUUCCUCCUCGGUAGAUGUUCAUGGCACAGUUGUGAGUGAAAUAUCUGAUU